GCCACAGCUCCGCCAUAUUGCAGGAAAUCCUUCUGAGGUUUAGAGAUUAGCGUUUAAUCUGAGGAGCUGGGAACGAGAGUGUGAUUGGAAGUUACUGCUAGCCAUAUGGUUAGCUCGAGUGGGCGGGUAGGUCGCGCAAUCGCUGUUCUCACACGACAGGACAUAUGUUUAUUAAGACAAAUCGCCGUGGUUCGGCACGUUAUUAUUAUGCCGAACUCUCUUAUGAGAGUCUAUGAGAGUCUAGCUAAACUGGCGAGUUGACGUUCUGACUCUGAAAAGUGGAAAAUCGGAUUAACGUUCAAGAUUGCGCACCAAACCCUAAUCAUUUUGUGUCACUGGCUCCCGUUGCUACGAACCCAAGGUAUCUGAUAGAGAAAAACGGAUAGAUAGAUAGAUAACGUAACGUUAGGUCAAUGUCGGCAGGAAAACACAGAUACCAGACUCGAUUCUACUAACGUUAGUUUAUCAGCGACGAUCGGUGUUAGCGAGGGCAAGUGUUCGCUGGCGAUGUUAUGCUGCCCUGUGACCCGUGAACCCAGCUGUUGUUCAGUGUUGACUAAAUUAGCUGUGUUAGUGCGUUAAACCUGCCCGCUGGUCUGAAUUUGAACAGUUCUCGGACCCUUUGGAGUCAUUGGCUGCUUUGCGAUCUCUCCUUCCUCGGACUGGCAGCAGCAAACAAGGAGGGAAUCUUUGCUCAUUUGCUGGCUAAUAAACCUUGACUGAACUGUGAGAAGAUGUCGACUAAAGAGCCAAAAGAAAAGCUGUCGACCACCGAACGAAUUAUUAAAACAGUGCCACUGCCCCCUCACCAGCGGCUGACAGUGAAGGACCUAUAUGUGGAUGGUAAACCCAAUGCUGAGAUACUGAAGAACCAUUUGAUCAAAGAGGGACGUGUGGAGGAGGACGCUGCUCUGCGCGUCAUAAACGAUGGUGCCAACAUCCUAAGGCAGGAGAAGUGCAUGCUAGAGGUGGAGGCACCAAUCACUGUAUGUGGUGAUGUUCACGGACAGUUCUUCGACCUCAUGAAGCUGUUUGAAGUUGGUGGUUCCCCCGACAACACGCGCUAUCUCUUCUUGGGAGAUUAUGUAGACAGAGGAUACUUCAGUAUUGAGUGUGUGCUGUUCUUGUGGACGUUGAAGAUCAACCACCCCAACACCCUCUUCCUCCUCAGAGGCAACCAUGAGUGUCGGCACCUCACAGAAUACUUCACCUUCAAACAGGAAUGUAAAAUAAAGUAUUCAGAGAGGGUUUAUGACGCAUGUAUGGAGGCCUUCGACUGCUUGCCUCUUGCAGCUCUUCUUAACCAGCAGUUCCUCUGCGUACAUGGUGGCCUCUCACCAGAAAUCAACUGCUUAGAUGACAUUAGGAAAUUAGACAGGUUUAAGGAGCCCCCGGCAUUUGGGCCUAUGUGUGAUUUGAUCUGGGCCGACCCAGGAGAGGACUACGGCAGUGAGAAGACGGCAGAGCACUUUAACCACAACUCUGUCAGAGGCUGCUCCUAUUUCUUCAGUUAUGCCGCAGUUUGUGACUUUCUGACAAACAACAACCUGUUGUCAGUAAUCAGAGCACAUGAAGCACAAGACGCAGGGUACAGGAUGUACAGAAAAAGUCAGACAACAGGCUUCCCUUCAUUAAUUACCAUUUUCUCAGCACCAAAUUACCUAGAUGUCUAUAACAACAAAGCGGCUGUAUUGAAAUAUGAAAACAAUGUCAUGAACAUUAGACAGUUCAACUGCUCUCCUCACCCAUACUGGUUACCCAACUUCAUGGAUGUGUUUACGUGGUCGCUGCCCUUUGUUGGUGAGAAAGUGACUGAGAUGUUGGUGAAUGUCCUAAACAUCUGCUCCGAUGAUGAACUCAUGUCAGAGGGAGAUGACUUGUGUGAAGGUGGAGCUGCAGCUCUCCGUAAGGAGGUGAUCAGAAAUAAGAUCCGUGCCAUUGGGAAAAUGGCCAGAGUCUUUUCCGUUCUCAGGGAAGAGAGCGAGAGUGUACUGACCCUCAAAGGGCUCACCCCAACCGGAACGCUACCUCUAGGAGUGUUGUCUGGAGGCAAGCAGACCUUACAGAAUGCCACCAUAGAAGCAAAGGAGGGUCAAGCCAUCCAAGGCUUCUCUCCUACACGGAAAAUCCGCAACUUCGAAGAAGCUCGUGGCCUGGACCGAAUAAACGAACGGAUGCCUCCUCGCAAGGAUGGCCAGCAACCUGACGGUACCACAGUUAAAGCUGCCAACGAGAAAAACGGCACUGACAGGAAUGUGUAAGGGGAGAUUUUGCACUUUUCCUCUCCUCCAUAGCAUUGUCUCCUUUCUCUGCCACGUUCUCCACAAGACAGACCCCUCAACUGCUGGAUCCUGCAGAGGAGGGCCUGGGAUGUGGAGAGGAAUCAUUCCACAGACAUGGAGAGAAAUCACUUACAACAAAGUACAAACAUGAGAUUUUAUUUAUUAAACGAAUUGUAUUAGAUGUACUUGAUAGCAACAUGUUAAAGUUGAUUUAAAAGUGUGCAAAAAAACAGGUAUACAGUCACAAUGUGUCAACCUUUAAACUGCAGUUUUGUAACUUGAGAGCGGAGAUGUGGGUUUAAGAUGCUGCACAGAUCAGAAGAUUUAGUUAAUCCCAGUUUUAUAAUAUUGUAUGUUGCAAUGUAUUUGGCAAGGGAUGCUGUGACUGAAUAUACUGAUGCAUGUUAUCAAUAAGCAUGUUUGUAAGGGAUUAUA